AGUCAGUCGACGGUAGACGGCGCGGCGGUAAACAUGAAGCACUCCACCGGUCUCUUGCUGCUGCUAUGCACAGCGGCGCUAGUCAGCAGCCUUCCGACUUCACUCCAUGGCGGGGAAGAGGCCCUAGAAAGACACGAGGAGCAACCCGUCCAGCCAACGGGGGAGUAUCAGCGUCAACAGCUGUACGAUCAGCAGGCCAAGGAUCAGGACCGGCUGCUGAAUGACAGGCAGCAGCUGAUGCAUGAUCAGGAGGAGCAGACGGAGGACCAGCAGAAGCAGCUGUCCUGGCAGAACCAGCUGACGGAGCAGCAGCAGAAGGACCAGCAGCAGCUGCUGAAGAACCAGCAGCAGUUCUUGAGGGAUCAGCAGAGGAACCAGAACGAACAGAUCCUGCAGCUGCGCCAGAGACAGGAGGAGAAGGUGCUGCUUGACAAACAGGAGGAGAUCUUACGACUUCAGAGCCAGCAGCAGCAGGCGCGAGCCUCCGAGGAACACAACAUUCCCAACGCUGAUGGGUCCGCAAAGGAGUCCUUAGAGGCCGGCGCCGAUGAGCUCGUAUCUACUCCCGUUACUUUGAUAUCUGAAUCUGCUGCUCCGGAGCCGGUAGUUGUGGGUACUGUCGAGGAGGAGCCAUCUAGCUCCGACCCAAGCUUACCGUCCAUAGAGAACCUGCUGAUUUACGGGGAUAGCGCUGAACAAGCUACUGAUGGCGCCGUCCAUGACAGUAAUGAUAUCCGCGCUGGCAGCGCAUCUGUCAGAAAGAUCGUCAUUGCCAAUGCUCUGAGCGACAGCGGACUGGAGGGACAAACCGCGAAGCUGGCUGGGUCAUCCACUGGACUAAAAACGCCAGAGCAAAAUGAAGAGGAGAGUUUGACCACAGGUGAAGAGCCGAGAAACCUGGCUGAAGAAGACGCUCCUGGUUCUGAGGCUGAAGCUUCCAGAGAUGUGUUACCUCUUGACAACGAAAUGGAACUGAAUGAUGCUAUUACUGGGGCAGAAAAGAAAGCUGUACCCGAAUUGAAGCAGGAGCAGCCGUUUGUUGAAAAUUCGCCGGAUACGGCCGAGCCAGAGGCCUCGAGCGUCGAAGAUAGUCCAGAUCAUCCGGUCGAUGAAACUGAGAUUGACGGGACGAAAAUGAUGCAGGCUCCGGCUCAGCCUUCUCAGUGGAACCCUGUCCAGUGCGUCUCGGGCUCCGUUUGUUUGAAGAAGACUGAUAACUGCGACAUGGUCACGAGCCCUUCUGGCGAGAACUGUGUGACGGCCGGGGGUGCUCUCGGAGUGUGCUGUGGCUCUGCCGGCGACCGGUCCGCCUCGGAAUCGGCUCAGACCGGGCCACCACAGACACCGGCUGGACAAACUGCCCCCGGUCCCGGAUCAGCUGUCAGCUCUGAACCCAUCUCUAGUCCUGGAUCACCUGAUGAGGCUAAACAGACAGACAGCAAUGGAUCAUCUUUCAUGUCCGAACCAGCCCCUGCCCCCGAACCGAUUCCUAGCCCUGAGCCGACUCCUAGCCCUGCACGGAACCCUAGCCCUGAACCGAUUCCCAGCCCUGAGCCAGCCCCUAGCCCAAAACCAACUCCUAGUUCUGAACAGACUCCAAAAUCUACACCAACUCCUAAGGCUGAGCAAGUAUCUAGUGCCGAGUCGGCUGCCAGGCCUGAACCAGCCCCUGGCCCUGAACCGAUUCCCAGUCCUGAACCGACUCCGAGCCUCGAAUCAACAGUGGGGUCUCAGCCAAGUCCGUCGAAAGCGUCAAUUCAGAAGCUGGAUCCGAUUCCUCAACCUAAACCAACGGCAACUGGCCUCAAAACGGAAACUUCUACACCAGUAGCGACAACUGUCGAAACUGAGCCAGAAACCAUAAAAACUCAACCACCAACUGAAAGUCUUGAACAGAGCCUCCCUAAGCCCAAGCCGUCAACAUCCGAUUCUAAACCAGCGUCUCCCCGACCCAAACCAAUCGUCAAAGUUAAACCUUCCACCGGUCGACCUGGGGAGACGACAACCGGGUCAGAAAUCAUCAAAACGGCGAACAAAUGCCCUGAGGAGCUCGAAUGUGUUCAGCGUCAGCUUUGUCAUACCAAGAGCCCCGUCAACAGAUCGCGGUCUUCUUCUGCCGCAGCCCAGUCUUGCCUUCUGCAGUCCGGUGCUUCGGGAAUCUGCUGCCAUGAAAGAAAGGGGACAGAGAUUCUUUGCAAUUUUAAUGAAGAGUGCGUCGAAUCACAGUUCUGCGGAGACAACGGCUUCAUAAUGACUGACGAGGAAAUAGAGGCGAGCAAUCCCGCCAAGAAGGAUCAACUGGGAUCAUUCAAAACGUAUUGCCGCGUGCCGUUCGGCGGUCGGGGCGUGUGCUGCCGCCAGCCGGACCCCGAGUGGCCGGCCGAUACGCCAGUGCCCCGCUGCGGCCACAGCCACCACAUCCGUCUGCCAGGGGAUGAGGACAAGCACGCGCGCGAGACGCUGUUCGGCGAGAUUCCGUGGCAGGCGACUAUUUUCGAGAAGGGCACGAAUCGCUUCAUCUGUGGAGGCACCAUCGUCAGCGCUAAAAAUGUCCUCACCUCCGAGCACUGCACUCAAAAGUACCACAACACGGACAUCUACGUUCGGGUGGGCGACUACAUCAUCCACCAGGAGAGCGAGCCGCUGCCCCACCAGGACCUGGACGUCUACUCCAUCAGAACACACCCACGUACGGGAGCGCUGUUUAACGACAUUGUGGUGAUGCGCCUGGUGGGAAGCAUCCAGUUUGACGCGCACGUGCAGCCCAUCUGUUUGCCGGAGCAGGACCAGCGCUUCGAGGGCGCCCGCUGCAUCAUCUCUGGCUGGGGCAAACCGGCCUUCGUCGGUAACUACUCGGAGCGGAUGGAGAGGGUCGAGGUGCCCGUGGUGAACCGGGACGUCUGUGUACAGAACCUGAGAGACACCCACCUGGGACACUUCUUCCGGCUGGACGACAGCAUGCUCUGUGCCGGCGGAGAGAAGGAUGCUGACGCGUGUAGGGGUGACGCCGGCGGCCCGCUGGCCUGUCGCUCCGCCGAUGGCUCGUACGUGCUGGCCGGAGUGGCCGCCUGGAGCGUCGGCUGCAGCCGCCACGGAGUACCGAGCGUCUACACGGGGGUUAGUCGGACGCUGUCGUUCACAUCGCACUACAUCACUGGCGCCGAGUACCAUCCGUUUUACAGGAGCAACAACGGCGUUACGCAGUACUACUGAGCGGGUGUACUUCAGAGUACCGGAGGAUUAUCGAUCACUCGGUACUACUCUGACCAGCCCAGCAUUAUGGGCGACAGUUCUGCUCCUGUGCUGUGCUCUGGGGUCUUGCGAAUGCUGGACGAAAAGUGUUUGUUGCCAGAAGUGAGUGUCCUUCACUUCAUUUCGCUGUCUUUUUUGUGUGAUGGCAGCCAGAAAAGUUAAGCAAACUUCGAUCAUUCCUUUGUUUGACCGUCUGAGCCAGGCUAACAAAAUAUAAUUUUUAUUGCUCUUUUUUUUUUGUUGGGUUAGGCCCUUUCGGUCGACAAGACCAUUGCAGAG